CAGCUGACAGCUGUUCUCGCGGCGCUCGAAGAUGGCCGCCAGGCGGGGAGAUCGAUAGACGAGCGAUGCGGGGAAUUGAAUUUAUCCCGCGUCUCCCCCACGGGACGUGACCUCGCGACCGUCGCCCGUGAAUGUGAAUGUGCCGUUCCACAUCAACGCCGAGGAAUCGUUGCUUCUGCGCGCGCACCUGAAGAUAUACCACUGUUCAGCUGAUCGAGCGCGGACGACGACGAUGGGUGAAAGUGUUCCGGAUAGCCGUCGAGCUGCGAGGACGCGGGGCUGAGAGUCGACGCGAUGCGCCGGGUCCGAGGAGGUCGGCCGCAUCGACAGUUCCUAAUCUCUCAGAUUUCUUCCCUCGGACAUACACUUUAACAAUAUUUUUUGCACAAUUGCUCCCACAGCCUAUUUCAGAGUUUACUGAUGCUCAGGAAAGAGGGAUUGGAUGUUUGACAUCUAUCAAAGUAUGCUUGUUUGAAAGAAUCUUAUUCAUGAAGAGGAAGGAUCGUCUCUUGGACAAUUACAUCUCUAAUAUGGACAUUGAAAACUCUCUUUCAUAAGUGCAACGUUCCUUACGCAAUACUCUGUAAUAAGUGCCACACUUAACAUUCACUGUAGGAGAGAGAGGAGAGAAGAAUACUCUCGACGGCAGUGAAUCUAAUAUGGACAGUCUGCAACUGCUUCUGGUGGCUGUCGUUACAUUCAUCUGCGGUGUAAUAUGUACCUUGGCUCUGCAGUUUUACCUGUUCAAGAGGUAUCUGGAUUCGGGACCUCAGGCCACUCCGCCACAGAGGCAGCUACAGCAUGGCAAGGCGCAGUUACCUAAGGAGCUGGUGGAGCAGCUGCAGGAAGAACGGGCGAACAGCAACAACAGCAUGUCCCGUCAGGCGAUGUCUCAGGGCAAUGAGAAUCUAGCUAUAAACCUUACACUGCAGUUUCUCUUCAACGAGCUGCGAAAUGCCGAACGAGUGCGUUUGUGGCUCUACAGGAAGUUGAACAACGAGUUCAAGGAGCUGUUGACACAGUCGACGACCGCCAAGCUGUUGGAUAGCGUGAAGUUGAGAGACUUGAAUCUCGGCACGCAAUUUCCGACGAUAAAGGGCUUGGAAGUCGCCGACUCGAAGAUCGACGCCGACACGGGUCUGCUGGAAUCUCUGGACUUGGCCUUAGAUUUACAUUACUCAGGAAACUUUCAAUUGUCUAUAGAUGUUAAGAUGCUGCUCGGUAAAACAGCUUACAUGGCAUUACAAGUAAAACGUAUCAGCGGUAAAGCUAGGCUGCAGUUUACUCGUGUACCGUAUACACACUGGUCACUGAGUUUCUACUCGGAUCCGAUCUUGGAACUGGAAGUGCAGUCGCAGUUCCAAGGCCGUCAAUUACAGCCGCAAAUAAUCUCGAUCAUUACCAGUCAGAUUAGGAGAGCGGUGAAGCGAAAGCACACUCUACCUCGUUAUAAAAUGCGUUAUAAGCCAUUCUUCCGAAGAUUGAACGACGAGGCUGUCGAUCUCUCGGAGGUCGCCAGUACCCAACUCACUCCAGGCUAUUUAGAGGUUGUAUUGUUAGAGAUCAGCAGACUAAACCUCGCGCCUAUCGCUUCCACCAUCAAUGAGGACAUGUCGCAGGUGGAGGUAUACUGCACCAUGAGCGUGGACUCCAUGCCCUGGGUAUACUUGACGCAGUACAGCGGCGUUCCAUACAUGGUCCUGGACCUGAUCAUCAGCAAGACGGGCUCUCAACAGUUGGGUGUGGUGUUUAAGCAGGAAGUGGUGCCGGAGAUCGGUCAGAUGUGCGUUCUGGUGGAGACGAUAGUGUCCGGCAGUCCGGCGGCAAUCGCCGAGAUGAAGAAAGGCGAUAUCCUGGUGGCGGUAGACGGCAAAAAGGUAUCGAGCAUGAACCAAGUGGCCAAGUUCGUCAAGACCGCCGUGCAGCGGCGCUUCAUUAUCCGAGUAGAGAGGCGGCACUCGAAGGCGGACUCGGAAAGGCAGCGGAUGGACGGCGACAAAACAUCCUUUGCCGAGCGAAAGGCGUCGAAGAGCGAUUCCGUAGGCAGAAUGGAUAGCCCGUGCGCGGAGGACGCCGGAAAGAUAAAGUUCGAGACGCAGAUCAAGUUCUCCGACCUCCGGGACUCUGACAACGAUCUCACGGAUCCUCGAUCGGACAACAGCAGGCUGUUCAAGAGACGAAAGAGCAGCAUACAGACGGAGGAGAUCGCGCAGACGCCCGACACGACGCCGUCCCGACGGAUCUCCUUGAUCUCCACGUCGUCGGCGUCGUCCAGCAACGUUCAGUUCUACCUGCCGGACGAGAGUAGCGCGACCAGCGUCGUCGAUCUCUGCUACAACACCAAGGAGAAGCCGUACGCUUCUCUAAUCGCCUUCGACGAGACCAAGAGCUUUCGGGUCGACUCCGAAUUGCAGUACUUGAACGUGGGCGUGUGGGGUCGCGCGAGGGGAAGCGAGACGCCACCGAAAUUAUUAGGCUACAUCAACGCGCCGAUUAAAUUGAUUCUGGCCCAGUGCUGCACUUCCACGACCGGGCAUUACCUGAAAUGUCAUGCCUUAUUGCCGCCAGAAAGUGCUUCGUUAGCGGCAUCCUACAUAAAACUCCAGGGAUAUUCGGGAUUUGAUCCAACGCUGUGUUACGGCGAUAUCCUGCUGUCAUACGUGUGGGAAUCCUGUCGGCCGAGCAAUCACACGAUCAGCGAUUCCGGGAAGAAGGAUAAUGCGGAAACUGCCAAAAUACAACCGACUUCGAGCGACGAAGUCGCCGAUAAAAAAAUGCACGACUUUAUCAGGACGCACUUUCAUAGAGCUACGCACUGCGAUUUCUGUACGAAAAAGAUUUGGCUGAAGGACGCGGUGCAGUGUCGGGACUGCGGCAUGGUUUGCCACAAGAAGUGCGAAACGCGCUGCCAGGUGUCCAGCACUUGUGGCGCCGAGAGCCUGGCAACCCUGGCGAUGGAGGCGGACGAGCUCGAGUCCAACUCCCUCGGGGAUAUCUCGAACCCGGAGAUCUCGCUCACCGGAUGCGAAGAUAACGUGCAGGGCGCAAGUAUGAUGGCCGUGAAGGCUAGUAUAGCUAACACUCUGUUGGGCCUGAAGAAGGCCGGAAGUACCAGUUGUCUGGCCCCACCGGCUUCCAGUACUGGUCUGGCAUCUCGAAGUCCCCCAAGUCCCUGUGCAUCCCGCAAGAGCUCAUUGGCUGGAGGUCUGGGAAUAAGUCCUGACCUCUUGGAGGGUGCUGAGCCAAGUGUUGCAGCUCCACUUGUGGCCGGCGAUCUGGACGACGGUCUUAUGUCAAGAGCCAGGGAUACCGGCAAGUUCUUGUACAAGCACCUGGAGCCGCAGGAACGCGUCGAAAAGAUCAAUUUCAUGAUGGGCAAAUUGAAGAAUGCGUUGGACGCCGAAACUACCUCGAGAUUAGAGCUGUCCCAUAAUGCAGACAGCAUGAAACUGAUCGCGCAGAGCGAUCUGCGAGUGCAGGCGUUGAGCGUGCUGCUUCUGCAUUACUGUGCCGGCUUGCAACACGCGCAGGAGGCGAUAGACCGACCGGAGACCGGCAAGGAGUCUUAACAAGAAGAACACGUUCGGCAGCUUUAAGAUUCCUGGCACCUCCCCGACCAUGUUGGAAUUGUGACGUCAGAGGCGAGAAAACACACGCUAAAAGUUCUU